AAGGGAGAAAGUGCAUCAGUUCAGCUGUGGCAUCAAAGAGGAGGUGCAGACAUUUAAAAAGACAAGAAAGAGAUAAGAGGGGUGAAGAUGAAUGCAGCUCGACGGUGAACGAAACGAAGAGCAAACGAAAGAGAAGAACCGACUGACAACACCGAGAAGGGCUGAAGAGAGUUCGAAACAGUAGUGCUGGAAAAUUGACCCAGAAAUGGCCAACACAAUGGGAGUACUCUUGGCUUCACUGUUGCUCCUGGGAGCCAGUCUGCCCUGUUUCUCUGUGUAUAACAGCGGUGAAUGCUUCUUUAAUACUAAAGCAAGCUGUGAACACAUGGGUCAGGAGUAUGGGAUUGGGGAGAGCUGGAUAACCAGCGACUGCUACCAGUGUGUGUGCAUGGAGCCUUUCGGAGUCGGAUGCUGUGACUUAGCCACUAAGCCCAUCGACUAUCCAGAAUGGUGCGAGAUCAUUCGUAAACCGGAUUCUUGCACCAGUGUUGCUGUGAUGAGAGUCAAUCACAAAUUACCCUGCCUCUGGGGACAAGGCCGUCUCAGAACAGCUGGACAGCCUUGGAAGUCUGACAAUGAUCCUUUAUUCUGAGUUAAGCCAUUCUGGCAAAAGAAAAAAAAGUGAGGCUUGUUGGAAUAAAGCAAAGAGAAGAUAUAUUUAGAGUUAUGAUAUUCCUUUUUUAACCACUGUGAGUGAUAUUUUUGUUGUUGAUCUGUUGAUAAUAGUUAAGGAGUUUCCUGCUUUGCAUAAAGCAGUAUUUAAAAUUAGAGCCAUUAAUAAAACUAGAUGCUGAUACAAUAUGUAUGUGUUAUAUUUAUUGCCAUUAUUUAGCCUUGUGAAUUUUGUUUAGUUUGUUGUAUUGUUUAUUAUCUUAAUUUCAACCGACUGCAGAAAGAAAAAUGCACAUCCUUUUAAAAAAUGGCUUUGACCAAACAACAAUAAAAGAAAAUGUUGUUUGUU